AUGAGUCUGUGCAAACUGCGGCAGAACAAUGAAACUAUUCCGCAAAAGACCGGAAUACAUCAGGAUUCGUUGCUCUCUCCUCAACUCUUCAUCACUAUCAUGGACGCAACGACGGAAGGUUUAAAGCGACAACCUCCAUGGGCUCUCCUGUAUGCGGAUGAUGUGAUGUUAAUGGCGGAAAACAGAAAAGAAUGUGAACAAGAGGUGCAGAGAUAG